AUGGAACGACAGCCACUCUUGGAUUCGAGUCGAAAUGGCUCCACCGGCGGAGGAGCGGAAGGCAUCGUCGUGCCGCCCAUUCGCACGCAGGAUCUGCCGCAGUCGAUUGCGUCCAACAAUCUGCUCGCCUGUCUCGUCUGCGGCUCGAUGAUUGACAUUAGCGACAAGAAGGAGCAGCAUGUGGUCAAGUGCAACAACUGCAACGAGGCCACCGUAAGUCGAAAUGGCUCCACCGGCGGAGGAGCGGAAGGCAUCGUCGUGCCGCCCAUUCGCACGCAGGAUCUGCCGCAGUCGAUUGCGUCCAACAAUCUGCUCGCCUGUCUCGUCUGCGGCUCGAUGAUUGACAUUAGCGACAAGAAGGAGCAGCAUGUGGUCAAGUGCAACAACUGCAACGAGGCCACCCCCAUUCGUGAUGCACCACCCGGUCGGCGCUUUGUCCGCUGUCCGUGCAACUGUCUGCUGGUGUGCAAUGCCACCGCGUCGCGAAUCUCCUGUCCCAGACCGCAGUG